AUGGCGCAGCAGUCGUUGGCGGCCCCGGCCAACGGGAGCAGCAUCGCUAGUAAGCUUCUGCGGUCUGCUCGCGUAGUGGGCCGUCAGCAGCAGCAGCAGCAGCAGCAGCAGCAGCAGCAACAGCCGGUGUCCUCGCCGGCGUCGGCCAUAAGCGGCGGGCCGCUGGUGUCAUCAACGGCGGCGGUGUCGGCACCGGCAUCGCACCACCGGCGAGGGAGCGCCUCUAACAGCGAGGUGGCGGCAACAGCGGCGGAGACGGCUGGAGCUGAAGGUGGCGGCACUGAAGCGGGGGCCGGGGUCGGCGUGGUUGGCAUGGGCGAGAUCGAGGAGGAGGAGCGGCGGCUUCAGGAAAAGGCUAGCAAGCUCGAGCUGGAGAUGUCGGCUGUGCAGAGCCGUCGUCUGGAGGUGUACCUGGUGAAGGUGGAGCAGCAGCUGCAAGAGGAAGCCGCGAUGAGGCUGGUACAGCGGGAGGCCAGGAUUAACCUGGAGGUGGAGCGUUCGUGCAAGGCGCUCGCUGCGGAGCGGGACGAGCGGGUCAGCGGGGUUGCAGCAGUGAAGGAUAACCUUCGCGGGAAGCUGGAGCAGUUGUCCAUCAUGUACGAAGAGGUUUCGACAAGGAUGGACAACCUAGAGAAGGCUUACGCUCAGGCCGAAAGCGAGUUGAAGGACCGGGCGCUUGCCGAUCAGCGGAAGGCGGUGGAACGGGAGGACCGAGGCGUCCGGCGCCGCGUUCGGGCGAUCAUGCUGGAGCACGGCGGCAAGGCCGCCGCCGCUGCGGCCGCGACGGCCGGCGGCGGCGGCGGGGGCGGCGGCGGCAACGGAGACGCGGCGUCGUGCGGAGAACCCUCUCGGGGGGCCUCCGAAGAUCGGGAGGGAUUCGACGAGCCGUGGUUCUUCGCCGCGCAAGACGACAACAGCGCCGCCGCUGCCCACCAGGCGCCGUCGCCGUCUGCCGCGACGGCCGAGGAGGAAGACCAGCAGCUCCUCCAGCAGCAGAAGCUCAAGAAGCUGGAGCAGCUGCAGCACCUCCAGAGGCAGCGCGCGGCUAAGGCAGCGAAGGCGAACAAACACCGGCGUCGGUCCGCGGGAUCGGUCGGGAGCAUCGGCUGUGCCGGUAGCGACGGCGCCGCCUUUGCGAGCGGUGUGGGGGCGGUGGCGACGGCGGCGAGGCAGAGGAGGCGCCGGGCCAGCGUGGAGAAUCCGUUCUAGGCGAGCAGCGGCUCGGGUGCUCUUCGCGGGGGUAGCAGGAGGUCUUGGCGCGGGGGGUGGUGUGCGCAUUGCCUCGGGGCCAUGAGAAUUUGGCCGUGCGCGUCGCUUGUGGUGGCGGCGUCGAUGAGGGGGACAGGCGGUAAGGUAGCGUCUGGAGGCCGGUGGCAAUGAAUCCUGGGGAAUUUUAGUGCUGUAGGCGUUACUUGCCCUUGGGAAUGAGGUAGCACGGAAGAGGACGGGCUUGGGACGUUCGAGUGCUGGCGUGGUGGCGCCGUGUGUGUUGGGGGUUCGGUGACGGUUCCCUCGGCGCGUCACCCUGUCGACGACCUCCGAGUUGCUCUGUGCACAUGUGCUGUGUGUGUUCUCGGCUGUGUGUACUAAGAUAUCAACAUAUUGGUUUGUUGUUUGGUUAGACUACCUGCCUGUAACAGGGUAUCCUGCGAAUCGCAAGAUGGUUAACUCAAGGGACGCCCGUUUAGCGUACGGCCAACAUAAUACCAAGGUCGGAACUCGAAUCGUUCGGGGUACAACUUGGAUGCUUGAUGACCGGCGACGGAUCUCGGCUUGCAUAUUUCUCUGGGCCGCGUAUUGUGACUCGGCCCUUGUUGACGUCUGUUGUGUUGCUGUUUGAUUCCCGUGUGUCGCGGGCCAGUUGCUGGUUGUCCGAGCGAACCCUUUGUCGGAGCCUGGGUUCAUGCUCACCAAGUCGUCGUCGUCCCUGAUUGCUGUUGAUCAUUUCGUAGUAGGGUGCAUGUGUCGUUUUCGCUUUCGUUCACUUGUCGGUGACGACAAGCAAGUGGGAAGGGGGGGUAUCGACGUGGGUGUGCGCCGCCCCGCUUUUGUAUCGUCGCUUGAUCAGAUGCAUGCGCGGACCGGGCGUUGGUCACGUCCAUCCAUUUGGCGUCAAUUUUUCGGUGGCGGUGUUCCUCUGGAGUUCUUGUUUGUGAUCCCGGGUGGAUGUAUCUGUCUUGCUCGUCCUCUUUCUUCACUUGCAUUUUAGUCUCGGCGGUGUACGGGUCUAAAACUACGUUUGGGUGUCACUUGCAUUUAUUUUUCUUCCUCCGCUGCUCUCUUGCGGCUUAUCCCCUUCGAUGUUGGUUCGGGUUUUAAUGUUCAUUUGUACAGUGAAGACCGUAAGUCGGACGGUGGAGUAGGAAUAGGUCGGCGGGUGUUCGUUUGCCUUCGUCGCAGAGACGAUGGCGAAAUCUGCGAGUGCUAGCAAGAUAUCUAUGGCAGCCUAGACCUGUUGCGUUUCACUCGCUUGAGUGCAGAUAGGUAUGCCUGCGCGCAUUUUCGUCUUUCGUUGCCGACAUCUGCCGUGGUUCAUUUUUAGACGUCUUGUCGUGUCGUCGUCGUUUGUAGCUUUCGGUGGUAUGCACGUAUGGACGAGGGGCAAAUAUGUGUUUUGUGCUACGCCCAACAUACAAGUUGUACCCGCCAGGGAAAAAGUACACAUAAAGCAUUUCUUUUUCACGCCGCCGAACCCGCGUGUUGAACCUGAAUGCCAAGAGGACCGAAUUUGGGCUUGUUGUACACUGGACUCAGGUGCGUCGUCGUGCGCUGGAUUGAACCUAGGAUGCCACGGCGGAUAGUCACUUCCCGCAUUCUGGUAGCGUUGUGAAGCACGCGGCGAUUGGUGGCAUACAUAGUAUCGCCAGCGGGCGUCGAUGUAUGUAAAGCUGGAGAUUUAGGGCGCAUGGCGAAGGACGAGUAUGCAUAAACGCUACGCCAGUUAAUGUAGUCGAAUUGAACAUUAGGAAACUAAGCUUGAACCGCAACAUAAUAACAGUCAAUUGUUGUUUUGGUAUUCAAGUACAUAGCGCUACACCAAUUCCAGAUUUUGUGAUGUCGCGAUUGGUUGAAGAGAGGGGAAACUGCGUAGAGGCACGACGGUCGUUCGCGUAAUGACUGCAAUCCGUAGAAGAGUUUGCGGCAAAUACCCGUGCUGAUUGGUGAAGUGCGAUGAAGGAGAUUGUUUGCCUUUUCUAACGGCGUUCAUAUUAAUGUGGAAUAUUUUUGGUUGGAAAUUUGAUAGCUGUCGGUGUGUUCAAUGCCAG